AUGAACAAGAUUCCAAAUGUGCAAGUCGACAUGUACGAGGCCUUGCCCGUGCCAUUCGGCCUGGUGCGUCAUGGCGUAGCCCCAGAUCAUCCAGAAGUCAAAAACUGUCAGGAUAAAUUCGAAGAAAUUGCUUCGUCUCCGAAUUUCCGAUUUCUCGGCAAUGUCGCCGUGGGGUCAACUUCGGAGCCAUCCUCGCCAGACCAGUGUCGCAUCGAGCUUCAGCAGCUCCUGCGCAACUACGACUCGGUAUUGCUCGCCUAUGGAGCUUCCGAAGAUAAGAAGCUGGGGAUUCCGGGAGAGUCUACCCUCAAAGGCAUCUACUCUGCUAGGCAAUUUGUCGGGUGGUACAAUGGUCUGCCAGACUGCGCCAGUCUGGAGCCAGAUCUCAGCGGUGACGAAGCCGUCGUCAUUGGCCAAGGCAAUGUCGCACUUGACGUAGCGCGAAUGCUGCUGGAAGAUGUCGAUGUGCUUCGAAAAACAGACAUUACACAACAUGCCCUCGAGCAACUAGCGCGAAGCAAGAUCAAGAGAGUGCAUGUUGUCGGGCGCCGAGGCCCGAUGCAGGCAGCAUUCACAAUAAAGGAAGUGCGCGAGCUUAUGAAGCUACCAAAAGUUGCCUUUCAUCCCGUGAACAGAGAGCUUAUACCCGAAGACCUCAAGUCGCUCCCCAGGGCUCAAAAGCGACUGGUGGAGGUUGUCGUCAAGGGCACGACAACAAAACCCGACGAUACGCCGCUGUCUUGGUCUCUCGAUAGCUGUCUGGCGCCGAAGCACUUUUUGGCACACACAGAAGACGCUACUCGGGUCGCCAGCACUGAAUUUGACACCACUUCACUGCAUUCCCCAUUUGAUCCCAGGUCCCAAGUCACUACAGGCAGCGAGACAGUCAUUCUGCCGUCCGAUGUAGUAUUUCGCUCUGUUGGCUACAAGUCCACGGCACUGGACGGCUUUGCGGAAGCAGGAAUUCAAUUUGACGUGUGCCGUGGCAUAGUUGACAAUGACGGACACGGUCGCGUCACGCGCCUUGUCUCAAACGACGAUGCUGAAAGAGUCAGACAGCAGGUCUCUGGCCUCUACUGUGCUGGAUGGGUCAAGCUUGGUCCGACAGGCGUUAUUGCGUCUACCAUGAAUGACGCAUUUGCCACUGGCGAUGCGAUUGCCAGUGACUGGCUCACUGGCGCAGCGUUCCUGCAAUCCAGAAACACAGCCGCUGGUUGGGAAGGUAUACGCGGCGAGGCUGGUACUGUCAACGCAGACAAGGCCAUCAGUUGGGAUAGCUGGCGACAAAUAAACAAAGUGGAAAAGGAAAAGGGCAGCUCCAAGGGCAAGGAGAGGGAAAAGUUCACAAGCGUGACGCAAAUGCUAUCCGUCAUCAACUGA